GUUUAACAAUCCGUUUUACAAAUUAUAAUGUAAUGUACAUAUGAAUGAUUAGUUAUUUGCUUUAUGGUUACCAAAUAUUUUAUCUUACGAGAGCAUAUUCCACAAUGUGGUUUUCUAUCUUCCGUCCUCUCUACUUGCAAUGAAUUACAUUACUUUUUAUACUGUGUUAGUUAAGUGCACGUUAGUUAAGUAGUUACCAAUAAAGAAACAGUAAUGCAAUAAAAUUCUAAUUUACAUGAAUAAUCAGUACAUACAAAAUAAUGUAGAGAUAUUUGCUAGCAAUAAACAAUACAAAUACUCAGAAUUUAGAAAAAAGUGUUUGGUUUAAUUGCAAGGCAUCGUACGAUGGAAUUAACAAAACAGAAUGUUGAUUGUAAUUGUGCAAAAUGAUUAAACUCUGUUGUAAUAGAAAUUUUAUAUAAUGAUGAAUACUUGUUAAACUUGAUACAUUGGAAAAAAUAUGGUUUUAUGAAUAUAUUUUCCUUACAUUUCUUUUGCUUGUUGUCCAGGUUAAGGUUACGAGAGCAGUGCAGUAAAUAAAUAUGUAUUUUAGAUAAAGAAAAUAUGGAAAAGAAGUAUGAAGGAAAAAUAUUAUUGAUAUGUUAUAAUAGAGUAAUAUACACGAGUACAUUUUACAUUGGAAAAUUUCAAUUUUUUGGUCUCUUACAUCUAUUUGCAUUUUCUCUAGAAAGUAUUUUUAUUGCGCUGCAAGAUUUGGUAACCCUACCUUGUGUAACAAUCUUUCAUGUAUUAUAACAAUCUCAUUUCAUCUGUAAACUAAAGUAAUUGCUUUAAUUAAUGCUCACACGUGGUCGACAAUGGAAGGUUGAUGCCGAUUUUAUGGUCAUGGAUCAAUCAACGUUAAGUUGGUCUACCAGGAUAAAAGGUUUUGCAAUUUGUUUCAUCGUAGGCAUACUAUGCUCAUUCCUUGGAUCUUUUGCCUUGUUCUUACAGAAAGGUCUUGCUGUAUUUGCUGUAUUUUAUACUUUAGGAAACAUUAUCUCUUUAGCCAGUACUUGUUUUUUGAUGGGUCCACUGAAUCAAUUGAAGAAGAUGUUUGCGGCAACAAGACUAAUUGCAACUAUAUUAGUAUUGGUCUCUAUUGCUUUAACAUUGUUUGCAGCUUUGCAUUUGCACAAUCCUGGUCUAGCUCUUCUAUUUAUAAUUAUUCAGUCGCUAGCUAUGACAUGGUAUUCCCUAUCAUACAUACCAUAUGCUCGUGAUGCUGUCAAAAAGACAGUAGAGUCCUGUAUUACGUAAUGAAGCACUUAUUUUUCUUUUUUCUCAUCAAAAUUUAUUAUACAAUGUAUUAUUUCAGUUUUUUGGUUUUGUGAUGUUCGAGUCAUUUUGUACUAGUUAAUUGUUUAUACUCUUCUCUAUGUGUAUGAGAAUUUAUAUUAAUUUUAAUGUACAAUAUAUUUUACAUAACAGC